CACAAAGAGCGACGUAUUGCCUCUUGGGUUUAACUAGGGCUUUUUCUAAAUACCCCCAUUCUUCCUGUUCCUAUUUCCUUUCCUUACCAUUACCAAUUUGAUAGCCAUGAAUCGGUUCUUGAGAUCCCAUACCGCGAUUCACGCACUCAGAUCACUCAACAAGGCUCAACAAUCGCCGUUUAGAGCAAUCUCAACAUCAUCAUCUUCCAUUCUCAACCAAUCAUCUAUCACUUCCUCUAAUCACUCGUCGCCUCUUCGGCCGCUGUCAUCCUCCCCCUCCAACGUCCGUCAUUUCCGCUCCUCUCGCGAUCCCAUCAACAGUUAUGAUACUCCGCCACCUGUUAAUUGGGGCAUCCGGAUAGUACCUGAGAAGAAGGCUUUCGUGAUUGAAAGGUUUGGAAAGUACGCUAAGACCUUGGAACCUGGGAUUCACUUGUUGAUUCCUUUUGUCGACAAAAUUGCCUAUGUGCAUUCUCUCAAAGAAGAAGCAAUUCCUGUCCCAGAUCAAUCUGCCAUUACCAAGGACAAUGUCAGCAUCUUGAUUGAUGGGGUGCUCUAUGUUAAGAUCGUUGACCCUAAGUUGGCAUCAUAUGGAGUGGAGAAUCCACUCUAUGCUGUCAUUCAGCUUGCACAGACAACCAUGCGUAGUGAGCUUGGCAAGAUCACUCUUGAUAAAACAUUUGAAGAAAGAGACACACUGAAUGUAAAGAUAGUGAUAGCUAUUAAUGAAGCUGCAAGAGAUUGGGGUUUGCAAUGUCUUCGAUAUGAAAUAAGGGAUAUAUCUCCUCCACCCGGUGUAAAAGCAGCUAUGGAGAUGCAGGCAGAAGCAGAGCGUAAAAAGAGAGCCCAGAUUCUUGAGUCCGAAGGAGAAAGACAAGCACACAUUAACAUUGCUGAUGGAAAGAAGAGCUCGAUGAUGUUGGAAGCUCAGGGGGAAGCAGAGGCUAUUUUGGCUAAAGCACAAGCAACAAACAAAGGCAUUGCUUUGGUUUCUCAAGCCCUUAAAGAAAGUGGAGGAGUUGAGGCAGCAAGCUUGCGAGUUGCAGAACAAUACAUCAAUGCUUUUGGAAAUGUGGCAAAGGAGGGGACGACAUUGUUGCUUCCUAUGAAUGCUUCGAACCCUGCCAGCAUCAUGGCUCAGGCUCUCAACAUAUACAAAAGCUUAAUCGGUCCCGGUCCUGGACAUACCAGUGACUCAACAGCUGCAGAAGCCAACAGCACUCAACAUGACACUCAUUCUCAUUCUAGCCUCCUAGGAGGAUCACCAGUCUUUUCUCUUCAAGACAAAAGGAAGAAUUAAAUAAAAUUCCAUUCCAUUGAUAAACUACAUAGCCAUUCAACUUACUAUUUUACUUUGUACUCAGUCAGAUGAGAUUUGGUUUUUGGUCAAGACAGCAUGUCAUGUCAUGUCCCCCCAUACACCUCGUU